GACUGAUCAACCUUGAUAUGAAAUUUUACGAUAAAUAAGAUUUUGAUAAGUCCACCAGGUCACUGCAAUUCCCACCUCCCCUUAUCUUAGCGUAUAAUUCUGGUCCCAUGAAUUCUUUUGCAGGGGUAAGUGCAGCAAGGCAGUCUAAGAAUUGCUCUAUUUCAGCCUCGUGAAGGUUCCCAAGCAUUCUCUACCACGGCACAACGCAAUUCAAUCUAUCAACCCGAUAUUCUAGUCUUAAUCAUGUCUGGGAAACGCAUGACCGCGAAUCCAAUUAAACCAUCACGAUACCGGCCGGGCAAAGCACAUCUGGAAGAAGAUGAUUCUUCUGAUUCAGGAAGUGAUGCAGAAGAGACACCUACGAUCGCGCCGCCCCCAAAAGCUUCAACCGCCAUUGGAAUUUCUAGCAGUUCAAUUAAAGGUGACAUAAACGAGAGGAGGAAAGUCGCAGCAGCUAAAGAAAAUGCGCGAAUUCAAGAAGAAAAGGCCUCGAAAGCUGCGGAAGAAGAAGGAUUUGUGACGGAAGAAGAAAGUGAAGAAGAGGAAGAAGGCAGUGAGGAGGGAAGUGAAGAAGAUAGCGAAGAGGAAGAGAGUAGUGAGGAAGAGGCGCCUAGAAAGGUUAUGAUGAGGCCGAUAUUCAUCAAGAAGGACAAGAGGAACAAUUUACCCGGGGCUUCUAAAAACGAGACUAAAACGGAAGAGGAAUUGGCUGCGGCUGAGGAAGAACGAAGAAAAAAGAUGGCAGAUGAAAUUGUUGAGGAGCAAAUCAGAAAAGAUAUAGCGGCGAGGGAAGCGGGGAAGAAGAACUGGGAUGAUGAGGAAGAGGAGGAUGAGGUGGACGAUACCGACGAUAUUGAUCCAGAGGCGGAGCUUGCAGCAUGGAAAUUGAGAGAGCUCAAACGGAUCAAGAGAGAUAGAGAGGCAAUUGAAGAGAGAGAAAAGGAAUUGGAAGAAGUCGAGAGGAGAAGAAAUUUGACAGAGGAAGAGAGGAAGAAAGAAGAUGACGAAUAUAUUGCGAAGCAGAAGGAGGAGAGGGAAGGAAGAGGGAAAAUGGCGACAAUGCAGAAGUACUACCAUAAGGGCGCCUUCUAUUCAGAUGCAUUAGCUGCAGAAGGUUUAGAUAAAAGAGACAUCAUGGGUUCCAGAUAUGCGGAUGAUGUACAAAAUCGAGAGUUGCUUCCAAAAGCAUUGCAAAUGAGGGACAUGACGAAAUUAGGAAAGAAAGGAGCGACAAAGUACAAAGAUUUGAAGUCAGAAGAUACGGGAAGAUGGGGGAACUUUGAUGAUAGAGGUCCGAAGAGAGGUGGAGGAGGGAUGGGUGGAUCUACGGAGGAUGAAAGAUUCAUGCCAGAUAGAGAUAGAGGAGGUGCUAGCGGUGCUAAUAAUGUGCCUGUGGGCGAUGAAAAUCGUCGAAAGCGUCAAAGAUAUGAUUAGGAAGUUAAUAAGUUCGAAAACUUUCCUCGUGUUAAUGUCUAUAGACGGGGUUUCAAUCUGACUUUGAUGUUGGAAGCAUUGGUCAUUCUCAAAUUAUGCAUCUAGUUCAGUUAUUCUUGUCAAUAACUCUUUAUCAUAUUCAAAUUCGAGAUUGAAGUUCAUAGUCAAGAUUCAUGAUAGUAUCUGUAUAUCUAGUAGUCGUAUCCUCUCUUAGCAGUCUGGGAGAAAUUCGCAUUAUCGAAGCUUCCUCGCCAACGAACAGGCGCUUGGUGCUUCCAUUGAGACGGACCAUUAGAAUAAUCAUUCGAACAUACUUGCGCA